CCUACGUUGCGAAACUUUAAGCCGACCAGAGAUCAGCUGUGCGUCAAACAUACGAGCUCUCUGAGGAGGACGGGGACCGGCGACGAACCGCGAAACAAACAAACAUGAAGGACACGUCAGUGGUUGAGCAGCCAUGUUGCUGUCUCGCCCCCCUCUCCCCUACCACGUCUUCCUCUUUUUCCUCUCUCCCCUCUCCUGUACCUCACUGUCACGGAACUCCACCCAUGGAGAUCCUUUCCUCCACACUCCCCCACCUGCUGUGGCUGCAGCAGGUCCGAUCCUGCAGGACCGACCCUUCGUCGUGGUGUGGAACAUGCCCACGGCUCAAUGUCAGAAACGCUACAACAUCCACCUGAACCUGGGAGACUUUGAUAUCGUGGAGAACCAACACCAGAGAUUCCAAGGAGAGAAGAUGACCAUUUUCUACCAUGACCGCCUGGGGAAAUAUCCGUACCUCUCCCGAAAUGGCAGGAAGAUGAAUGGAGGAAUACCGCAGCUUGGUAACCUUAGCGCUCACCUUUCCCUCGCAGCGACGCAGAUGUCCAGAUUGCUGCAGCCAAACUUCACAGGUUUGGCCGUUAUCGAUUGGGAGGAGUGGCGGCCACUGUGGGAGAGAAACUUUGGAUCCAAGAUGGAGUACCGGAGGCUGUCCAAGCUGCUGGUUAGACAGGAGAGACCGGGUUUGUCUGAGAGGGCCGUGACAUCACUUGCGAGGCAAAAGUUUGAGGAGAGCGCUUUGAAAUUCAUGGAGGAGACGCUGCGGUCAGCAGUCAUAGAACAUCCCAAGGGAUUCUGGGGGUUUUAUGGUUUUCCUUCCUGCUUUAAUAAGCAUAAGAGAAAGACAGAUAAGAGCUAUACAGGACGCUGUCACAGAGGGACGAGACAGCAAAAUGACCGGCUGUCCUGGCUCUGGAGUCAGUCCACUGCUCUCUAUCCCAGCAUCUACCUGCCACAGAGGCUGGCAGGAUCAAUGGAAGCAGCUCUGAUGGUCAGACACAGACUGCUAGAGGCUUUGAGGGUGGCGUCAAUUUGGCGCCAUAGCAGCAAUACCAACCGCAACACACCAGUUCUUUCCUACGCCAGGCUGGCAUUCACACACACUCUCACCUUUCUCAAUAAGACCGACCUGAUACAUACACUAGGGGAGAGUGCAUCACUGGGAGCUGCUGGAGUGGUGCUGUGGGGAGAGCUGAAAUUUGCCAGAUCCAAGGAUCAGUGCAUCCAUCUCAGAGACUACCUCCAAACCGUCUUGGGUCCCUUCAUACGGUUGCUGAGGUCCAGCACCCAGAGCUGCAGCCUUUAUCUUUGCCACGCAAACGGGCGCUGCACCAGGCGACGCGGCUCCCCUGGUUUUAUGGUUUCUUCGGGUGUCGAACAUUUUCUAGACUUCACGUGUCAGUGCUACCAGGGCUGGACUGGGCAGCGGUGUCAAGAGCAGAUAAAAGGAUGAAAACAGAGAGAAGAAAAAGUAACCCAAACUUUUCCAACAAGGUGUUGUCAGUCAUUGUUCCUGGAAGACCAAGGACAUUUACACUUAAAGAAUUGAUAGCCCCUAGUGGUGAUUAAAAAAAAUUUAAAUAAAAAAAUGUGUUUGAUUGAAUUUAUCAGUGUUUAUUUUUGCAUAUUUUAAAAAUGGGUGAAGUUAAGAUCAAAUUUGAUAAUAAAGAAAUAUGCAUGAAAACCAA